AAUCCACUUCCGCCUCUACAGGGCUCCAUGCUUUCCCCACAGUUUUCUAAGGUCUCUACUGCAUUAGUAAUUUGCGCCCACAAAAAACUUAUUACUAAUACAUAUAUAUCUAAAAAUGAAACCGCCGUGUGAUUGUUGCAGCGAGCAUAUACAAAAACUGAACCAGCAGGUUUCUGUCAUGCGCAAGGAAAUAAAAAACCUGAGACAGAUGCUGGACAGUUCAGUCAGAGCUUUCCGCAAACAUCUGACCUCAGUUCAGACUGCUGUGUCCAGGAUGAGCUGCUGCAAGGAGGAGAAAGCUACAGCACCUGCAGCCGCCUCACCUGCUUCUCCACAGACAACUUUAGAGCAAGGGAUUAUCCAGACCACGCCCAUUGGUUUCAUUAGUUCCUGUUUCGCCAUGAAGAACGGGACUCCCAGGCAGCCCACGGUUUGUGGUCCGUCGCGUGCAGAACUCCGAAUCCAGCAGAACAUCUUCAACAACCCUCAGCAUGCUCUGCUGGGGCUGCAGCAGUUCUCUUACGUCUGGAUCAUUUUUCUCUUUCACAAAAAUGGACAACUGAGUUGCAAGGCCAAAGUGAAGCCUCCUCGACUGAACGGUCAGAGGGUCGGAGUCUACUCCACCCGCAGUCCACACCGACCAAACGCCUUGGGGCUGACGCUGGCCAAGCUUGACAAAAUUGAAAGUGACACAUUAUACCUGUCAGAUAUUGACAUGAUUGCCGGUACGCCGGUCCUGGACAUCAAACCCUACAUACCCGACUACGACUGUCCGGACGUCAGGAUGAGCCUGGAAUCCCAGCAGACAGACUCAGAUCAAAAUAUUGGAGCUCCUGGUGACCUGGACACAGAGAAGAAUCCUGUAAAGUCUGAUGAAGAUGAGGAAACGGAUGCUCCAGGGAAUGUUACAGAAAUAAAUGCUGAGGUUCUUCCGACAAAAAACUGCUGUAAAAAGGAAACUUCUCCACUGAGCACUCAGGUUUCUGCUCCUAAACACCUUCAGAAUGUACUGAAGGAGGUCGAGGCCUUUGUGACCCACAUAGACACCUGUCAACCGUCCUGUGAGAGCAAGAUCCAGGUUUCAGACUCUGCGAAGUCAAAACCAGCAGGUCUGAGCACGGAACGCCCCUGCUAUGGUGUGGAGGCUGCUAGAUGGAUCAGACAGCCUCCUAUUGCCAGUCUGGAUGUGCGCUUUACCCCACGGGCGGAGAGCCAGUUGGCAGAGUUCCUUCCUGCGCACCCAUCAGGAGCUCCUGGCAGCGACAGACCCGGGUUCCAGUUCCUGCGCAGUACAGACGAAGCAGCUUCUGCCAUCAGGGGGAUCCUGUCAGCCGACCCGAGGUCGGUGUACAGGAGAACUCGCUGCAAGGACAGGCUCUUCUUCUUCACUUUGGACACAGCUGACGUCACAUGCUGGUUUGGGGAAGACUUUGCUGAAGUUCUGCAGGUUCGACCCGUUCAGAGCCACAUGAAGAGUUAUUAACCAGAUCCUGUUGAAUGUUCCUGCUUUAUCUUCCGAUUAUUUAUUUCCUCUGUAUUUUUGUCAAACCCACUUGAUUAAAAAUGGUGCAAAAACGUAACCAAAUAAAGAAUUAUAAAACAGAA